AUGGCAGGCCAGGAGCUCAUUGUCAUUUUGUCUGGUUUAAACCUGAACUUGAAACAGUUCAGAGAGUCGGGCUUCGGCAGCUUGAGCUCUUUGAUGAUAAGAGACGACAUUGGCCAGCUUGUCGUCGGAGCCAGAGGGAAAGUGCUCACACUCAGCUUGGAGGACAUCACCAAAAGGACCAGUGAGGCCAACUGGACAGUCAGUUCAGCAGACAAAGCUGUCUGUCAAAUGAAAGGCAAGGCCACUAAGGAAUGUGAUAACUUCAUCCGGACUCUACACACAAUGGAGGACGGUAAAAUGCUAGUGUGUGGGACAAACGCUUUCAACCCUGCAUGUGACUACAUGACUUUCACAAAUGGAAAAGUGUCCCUGGAGGGAAAGAAGCAGAUGGGUAGGGGGAAAGUUCCUUUUGACCCAUACCAACGUUUUGCUUCCCUAAUGACUGGAAACACUUUGUACUCGGCUGCUUCGUCCAACUUUCUGGGCACAGAACUGCUGUUUCAGAGACAUGGACUGAACCCUCUCAAGACUGAAAUGAAACGCUCCUGGUUCAACUGUAAGCUGCUCUUACAUGAGGAGUCGACAGGUGCUUGCAGCCAGUCUGCUGUCUGUUCAUACAAGCUGUCAGACAUCAGCCAGGUGUUCAGUGGGAGGUUUAUGACUGCGAGGGAUACUGGGAGCUGGGACACAUACACAGGAGAGCAGCCAAUCCCUCACCCUGGUUCAUGCAUUAACGAUAAACUGCGAGCCGAAGGUGUGAUGACUUCUCUCGACCUCUCAGACAAAACCCUGCUCUUUGUGAAGAACCACCCUCUGAUGGAGGGGGUGGUCACGCCAAUAGCUGGCAAGCCUCUGCUGGUCCGCACAGGGACACGAUUCUCCAAAAUUGUCGUGGACCAAGUCACGUCACUGGAUGGACGAUGGCAUCAAGUUAUGUUUAUUGGCACGGACUCUGGUUGGCUGCAGAAGGCAGUGAGGUUUGAUGGUGAGGACGGUCGUGUCAUCGAGGAGCUGCAGCUAUUUGAAACUCCUCAGUUUGUAAACUUUCUCCAGCUCUCCUCCAAAACAGGGCAGCUGUACAGUGGCGCCAAUAACGUCGCUGUUCAAGUUAACGUAAGGGACUGCAGCCGCUACAUAUCAUGCGAUGACUGCCUUCUUGCCAGAGACCCGUACUGUGGCUGGGACAAGAUAGGAAGCCAGUGUGCGUCUGUUGUUGGCUCAUUACUUGGGUCUAUGAUUCAGAGAUUGACUGAAGGAGACAUCCGGAUGUGCCCGAUCUCUGAUGUGAAAAAGAAACCUACCAUUGUCCACCUGAUCACCGGGAUAGCACAGUUCCUCCCAUGCUCCCCUGAGAUAAACCUCCCGAUCUGCUGGCGCCUCUCGGACAACAUGCUCCUUCCCGGUCCCCGACACACUGUACUCAGCCUGGGUCUCAUCAUCAGACCUUCCUAUUCUGAUUCUGGCAUUUCUACCUGUGAGACAGUGGAAACAGUGAAGGGUAUAGUGCACCGGAAGACCGUGGUCCAGUACUUCGUCCAGGUUCAGGACACUAGCAAUCUUGUAAGGACAAUGAAAGCAGCUGUGAUCAUCUUGGCUGCUCUCGCCUUCUUGCUGAUAUUGAUCAUAUGCAGAAAAAAGAAUAUCUAA